AUGCCACAGACGCCUCCCUUUGCAGCUAUGUUUGACAGCAGCAGCUACAACAGGAACCUGUAUCAGCCAAAAGAGGACAGCUGUGAAGGGCUCUAUUACCAUGACAACAACCUCCUGUCGGGGUCUCUGGAAGCUCUGAUCCAGCACUUGGUACCCAAUGUAGAUUACUAUCCUGACAGGACAUACAUCUUCACCUUCCUUCUCAGUUCACGCCUGUUCAUGCAUCCAUAUGAGCUCAUGGCCAAAGUCUGCCAUCUGUGCGUUGAGCAGCAGAGACUAAUUGAGCCUGGCCUGGACAAAAACUGGAUACGAAAAAUUGCACCCAAAAUCCUACAGUUGUUGACUGAAUGGACAGAGACAUUUCCUUAUGAUUUCCGAGAUGAAAGAAUGAUGAGGAACUUAAAGGAGUUGGCACAAAGAAUAUCCAGUGGUGAUGAGCAAAUGUAUCGGAAGAACGUACAGCAGCUUCUUCAGAACCUGAUUCGGAAGCUCGCCACUGUUAGCCAGUAUGAGGAAGUACUCACAAAAAUUAAUGCCACAUCCACAGAUCGCCUUAUGGUUCUAAAGACCAAGCCCCAGUCCAUCCAGAAGGACAUAAUCACCGUCUGCAAUGAUCCCUGCGUGUUAGCUCAGCAGCUGACACACAUAGAGCUUGAGAGACUCAAUUAUAUUGGACCAGAAGAAUUUGUCCAGGCGUUUGUGCAAAAGGAUCCUUUGGAUAAUGACAAGAGCUGCUACAGUGAUCAAAAGAAGACCCGGAAUCUGGAAGCCUAUGUGGAAUGGUUUAACAGGCUCAGUUACUUGGUUGCAACAGAAAUCUGUAUGCCUGUGAAGAAAAAGCACAGAGCAAGAGUGAUAGAAUAUUUCAUUGAUGUGGCACGCGAAUGUUUUAACAUUGGCAACUUUAACUCCUUAAUGGCUAUUAUUUCUGGCAUGAACAUGAGUCCUGUGUCUCGGCUAAAGAAAACUUGGGCAAAAGUGAAGACAGCCAAAUUUUAUAUUCUUGAGCAUCAGAUGGACCCUUCUAGCAACUUCUAUAAUUACCGAACUGCCCUACGUGGAGCCACUCAAAGGUCCUUGACAGCUCAUAGCAACAGGGAGAAGAUCGUAAUACCUUUCUUCAGUCUCUUGAUCAAAGAUAUUUACUUCCUCAAUGAGGGUUGUGCCAGUCGUCUUCCAAAUGGUCAUGUCAAUUUUGAAAAAUUUUGGGAACUGGCAAAACAAGUCAGUGAAUUUAUGACAUGGAAGCAAGUGGAAUGUCCUUUUGAAAGGAAUCGGAAAAUUCUACAGUACUUGCUUACUGUCCCAGUCUUCAGUGAUGAUGCACUUUACUUGGCUUCCUAUGAGAGCGAAAGUCCUGAGAAUCACAUUGAAAAGGACAGAUGGAAGACACUAAGGUCAGCACUUCUGGGCUGA